CGUUCAGUCAGUUACUGAAAGAGAUCCCGGAGGCUGAGAGAAGUGGGCGCUUCUACGCGUGUUGGCCGCCCGGCGGCUUGUGAAGUUCCAGCCUCAUGGCGGAGAUAAUUCAGGAACGCAUAGAAGAUCGAAUCCCGGAGUUGGAACAGCUGGAGCGCAUCGGGCUCUUCAGCCGCGCGGAAAUUAAGGCUAUCAUCAAGAAGGCGUCUGAUCUAGAAUACAAAAUACAGCGGAGAACCCUUAUCAAGGAAGACUUUAUCAAUUAUGUCCAAUAUGAAAUUAAUCUUUUGGAGCUGAUCCAGAGAAGAAGAGCAAGAAUUAAAUAUUCAUUUAAGAAGGAUGAGAUUGAAUAUUCUAUUGUACAUCGAGUACAAGGUAUCUUUGGUCGUGCUUCAGCAAAGUGGAAAGAUGAUGUUCAACUUUGGCUGUCCUAUAUAGUUUUUUGUAAGAAAUGGGGUACCAAAGCUCAACUUAGCAAGAUAUUCUCGGCCAUGCUCGCCAUUCAUUCAAACAAACCAGCUUUGUGGAUUAUGGCAGCCAAAUGGGAAAUGGAAGAUCGUUUGUCUUCAGAAAGUGCCAGACAGUUAUUUCUUCGGGCUCUACGAUUUCAUCCUGAGUGUCCAAAACUCUAUCAAGAAUACUUUAGGAUGGAGCUGAUGCAUGCUGAGAAACUGAGAAAGGAAAAGGAGGAAUUUGAAAAGGCUGCCAUGGAUAUGGGGAGUUUUGAUCAUCCUGAAGAAAUCCUUGAGGGCGAGUUGGCACGGAUCAUUUACAAAAAUUCUGUAAGCAAGAUUAAAGGUGCAGAAUUUCAUGUGUCACUUCUUUCAAUUGCACAACUAUUUGAUUUUGCCAAAGAUCUACAAAAAGAAAUUUAUGAUGACCUUCAAGCUCUGCACACCGAUGACCCACUCACUUGGGAUUAUGUGGCACGGCGAGAAUUAGAGAUCGAGUCCCAGCCAGGUGAAGAGCAGCCUAUCUCAAAGCAAGCCAAAGCCGUGGAAGUGGGCCGAAGGGAGGAAAGGUGCUGUGCGGUGUACGAAGAGGCAGUGAAGACUCUGCCUACAGAGGCCAUGUGGAAGUGUUACAUCAACUUUUGUUUGGAAAGGUUUUCUAAGAAGACCAGUAGUGUACCCCUCAGAGGACAGAGGCUAGAAAGAACCAUGCUUGCAUUCAGGAAGGCACAUGAAUUGAAGCUCCUUUCUGAAGCCCAGUACAAGCAGUGGGUUGACUUGUUGCUGCGCCAGGACCUCUUUAAAGAAGCUUUGCAGGUGGCAGAAGCUGGGACUGACUUGUUCAAGGACUCUGCAACAAUGUGGCAGAUGAAGCUACAGGUGCUCAUUGGGUCAAAGAGCCCCGAUGUAGCUAUGCAUUUUGAAGAAGCCUUUGCACACCUCAAACCCCAGGCUUGUCUGCCCUUGUGGAUUUCUUGGGCCGAGUGGAGUGAAAGUGCUAAAAGCCAGGAGGACACUGACGCAAUCUUUAAGAGAGCUAUUUCAGCUGUCACAGGUGCCAGUUCAAUAACUCUGAAGGAGAAAUACCUGGAUUGGGCUUAUCGAAGUGGUGGCUACAAAAAGGCCAGAACAGUGUUUAAAAGUCUGCAGGAGAGCCGCCCGUUUUCAGUUGAUUUUUUCAGGAAAAUGAUACAGUUUGAAAAGGAGCAGGACCCCUGCAAGAUGGCAAACCUGCGGGAAUAUUAUGAGAGGGCACUGAGAGAGUUCGGCUCUACUGAUUCUGAUCUUUGGAUGGAUUACAUCAAAGAAGAAUUGAACCACCCCUUCGGUAGACCUGAGAACUGUGGACAGAUCUAUUGGCGAGCCAUGAAAAUGUUACAGGGACAGUCAGCGGAGUUGUUUGUAGCUAAACAUGCCAUGCAUCAGGCCGGCCACUAGCGAAGAGUACUACCAACUCGGUGAAAUUGUAUUGCAAGCCCCUGGGGUGGUUUGUAAUAUGAGUCAGUGUAUGAAUUGUUGAGACAUGGCAGACAGGGUAGCUGGUUGAUUUUGUAACAUACUUUAAUUUGGCAUUACUCUUUGGUUCCAGAAAAGAGAACUGCCACUGCCUGUUAAAUCUAAAAUACAUGGAGAUCAUAUGCUUGAGUUUCAUUUCUUGUUCCAGGACAAGCACACACUGCUCUAAUCCAGACUAGGUAUGAUGGAGCCAGUUCAAAUGCACAAGAAAGUAUAGCUUUGUGUGCUCUCUCCUUAUUGUGAGAGCCUGCAUACCCGGGAGACAGGAGGGACUAGGGCAGUGCAGAGAAGAAAGCCAUCUGUAAUCCAAUGAGGUUGAAUCUAAGUGACUUGAUUUCCUGUAUCAAGAUUGGAUUUGUAUGUAUACAUUGUACAUAUUUGUACAUUCAAGAAAUAUGGGCCUUCCUUCACCUGCAGGAAAGAAGGGAGACGUGGGUGAGGAACAGAGGAGGUGGUGCUGGGUGUGGGGGAGUUGUCCUUUAAGAAGAUUAAAGUAAUGCAGAAAAUGAUUUACCCCAAGGAUUGACAGGCCAGGAGGAGGCCCCAAAACAAAAGGGCAGGCUGGGGAGUGGAGAAUUGCCCCAGUGCCCCCGUGGGGGAGAUGGAGGGAUGGUGGGGUGGCUUGGAACAAAGGAUGGCAUUUGGGGAGCAGGGAAGGAAAUUGCUUGAAAUAAAUCCUUUCACUUAUUUUGAUCCUGGGGAUAGAACCUAAAUCUUUAUGCAUCUGAGGCAAGUGCUUUCCCAUUGAGACAGCUCCUCAGCCUUCUUUUUUAAUUUUCUGUUUUGAGCUGGUCUAAGUUCUUACUGGCCUUGAACUUUCAAUCCUCCUGCCUCUGCCUCUCAAGUAGCUGAGAUUACAGGCCUGAAUCACUAGAUCUGGCUUUAAUUUAGUGUUUUGAUAUCACUGGGAAAGUAUUCAGAACAAGAUACUUAAUAUUAAGCCUUAAUAAAUAUUACAUUAUUUCUCAUGCUAUUAAAUGAACUUAAAAAACAUUUAAUGAAUUCAUAGCAUUCCAUUGUCUUACUUUAUUAAUCCCAUGUCUAGACCUUGCCAUUUAAUAUUUGUUUUCAUUAUAAAUGCUGUUGGUGAUGGUUCUUGUCAAUCUUUGGUCGCAUCCCUGGGUGCUUCCUUAGGGUACUUAUUUGACAGCGAAGUUGCUGGAUCUAGGUAAAAGAUAGAAUACUGAUGUUUUACCAGUUUCCUCUUUCCUGCCGCAUAUGAAGGAGGCAAUACCCUUGUCUUCACUGGUAUUACAUAUUUCAUUUUUAUCAUUUAUAAUUCUCCACUUAGUACAUGAAAAUGAUGCAUUAUUGCUUAAACUACUUCUUACUAAUUUAUGUUUUAAAAAGAAAUUGAGAGUGUUAGUCUUUUGUUUGUCUUUCAUUUCUUUUUUUUUUUGUUAAAGAUUUAUUUAUUUAUUAUGUAUACAACAUUCUGCCUCCAUGUAUGCCCGCACGCCAGAAGAGGGCGCCAGAUCUCAUUACAGAUGGUUGUGAGCCACCAUGUGGUUGCUGGGAAUUGAACUCAGGACCUCUGGAAGAGCAGCCAGUGCUCUUAACCUCUGAGCCAUCUCUCCAGCCCCCUUGUCUUUCAUUUCUUACAAAUAAGUUUGUUUCCUCUUCCUUUUGUUUGGUGUUUUUGAUGCCCAGAAGAAUUUUUAUGUGAUGCCCUCCCCACCCCCAGUACUGAGAUCAGCCCAGGGCCUCACACGUGAGAGGUAAACGCUGUUAUCUACACCCUCAGCAUUAAAGACUUUAUAUUCUCUCUACUUGCCAAGGACAACUCAGGUCUCUAAAGUAGUUGACAACUUCUGUAGCACUAGGAAACAAGUCAGAUUGUUCUCUGUUUGGUUCAUUAUACAAUCAUAUACAAAGUAUAUAUUGAAUUCUUAUGUGGGUUAGAGUACAUAGUAGUUUUUAUUUUGAGCCUUUGUACUGAGGUUUGCUUGUCAUUUGUUUUUUUUUUUUUUUUCAAAAUUUGUUUAUUUUAUGUACGUUGGUGGUUUGCCUGCUUGUAUGUCUGUAUGAGGGUAUCAGAUCUUGGAGUUACAGAGAGUUGUUAGCUGUCAUGUGAGUGCUGGGAAUUGAACCCGGGUGCUCUGGAAGACUAGUCAGUAUUCUUAACCGCUGAGCCAUCUCUCCGGCUCCUGUCAUUUGCGUUUAAAAAUUUUUAUUUUAUAUGUAUGGUGUUUUGCCUACCUUUAUGUCUGUAUAUCAUUUGCAUGCUUGAUGUCUUUGGAGGCCAGAAGAAGGCGUCAGAGGUGAGGUGCUGGAAAUUGGACCUGGGAAGCGCAGCUUUCUAAGUGAUAUUCUUAUUUUAGGAAGAGGUACAUGGUGCCUGUAGGAUAGGGAACAAAGAGGUUGGUGGUAGUCUAUUUUAGGGGCAAGGGCACAAGGGUGGGGCACCUCGUCUGAUUAUGCACAUUAUGAAUAUGCAUCUAGCUAUCUAUUCACACUGGUUACCUUUUUCUUAUCUUUUUUUUUCUUUUUUCUUUUUUCUUUUUUCUUCCUUUUUGGAUAUGGGGUCUCACUGUAAUUCUGACUGGCCUGGGACUCAGUGGGACCAGGCUGGCCUCAAACUCACAGAAAUCCAACUGCCUCUGUCUCCCCACAUGAUUGAAGGUCUAUGCUGCUAUGAGGGGCCGCUCUAGUUAUAUCUUAAGUGCUUAAAUAGACGCCACAUGGUUACCCAUGUUGGACAGUACAGAUAAUAGACCUUUUGUUUUCCCUUUUGCAAGAGAUUCUGAUAGGGAGUACAGUGGCAGCAGUCAGAUUUAGUUGUGGAGAAGCACAACAGAACACACA